AGAAUUUGGGGAAAUUCACCGGAACCUGAGCCGUUCAAAAAGUUGGCGGGGUCACUGUUCAGCUCGGCUCUCAGCAGCGACGUGAUGACGUGUCAGGAAGUACGUGUUCCUGUGAGCUGGCGCCGGACAGAUGCAGUCGGAGGAGGAGACCCCCUCCUCUCCCAGUGUCCUGCUGGUGGAGCCGUUCUACGGUGGAUCUCACAAACAGCUGAUCGACCUGCUGAAGGACGACGUUGAUGGCUGCUGCGUCUUCUCGCUGCCCGACAAGAAGUGGCACUGGAGGGCGAGGACGUCGGCUCUGUACUUCAGCCAGAACAUCCCCCCCUGCCCCACGUACAGAGUUCUGUUCAGCAGCUCGGUUCUGAACCUGUGUGAGCUGGUGGCUCUCAGACCGGACCUGGCCCGACUGAAGAAGGUUCUGUACUUUCAUGAGAAUCAGCUGGUCUACCCGGUCCGCAAAGACCAGGAGAGAGACUUCCAGUACGGAUACAACCAGGUCCUGUCAUGCCUGGUGGCAGACGUGGUGGUCUUCAACUCGCUCUUCAACAUGAACUCCUUCCUGUCGUCCAUCUGCUCCUUCAUGAAGAAGAUCCCAGACCACCGACCCUCAGACCUGGACCACAUGAUCCGCCCCAAGUGUCUGGUCUUGAGCUUCCCGGUCCAGUUCCCUGAUGUGGACAGGCUGCUGAACAAACACGAGGUGGAACCUGAACCUCACACUGCACAGUCUGAGGAUCCACGUCCAUCCACAUCUGGACCAGUUCCACAUCUGGACUCUGGAGACCAGGUCAAACCUCUGCACAUCGUCUGGCCUCACCGGUGGGAACAUGAUAAAAAUCCGGAGCUGUUCUUCUCGACGCUGCUCAGACUGAAGGACAAACACCUGAACUUCCACCUGUCGGUGCUCGGAGAGACGUUCACUGACGUGCCAGAGAUCUUCUCCAAGGCUCGUUGUCUGCUGGACCCUCACAUCCUGUCGUGGGGUUUCCAGGACAGGAAGGAGGAUUACUACAGAGUGCUAUGUGACGCUGACGUGGUCGUCUCCACCGCCAAGCACGAGUUCUUUGGUGUCGCCAUGUUGGAGGCGGUUCACUGUGGAUGUUUCCCUCUGUGUCCGAAGGCUCUGGUGUAUCCUGAGAUCUUCCCAGCACAGUACCUCUACUCAACACCGGAGCAGCUGUAUAAGCGACUGCAGGAACUCUGCCGGAGGCCCGACGUCGCCCGCAGACACGUGGUCAAGGUCGACACCUCCUCCUUCUCCUGGACCAGACUGAAGGAUCGGUUUAAGACUCUGCUGACAGACACGGGUCCCUGAACGCACCGCGGACCAGGGGCUCGGAUGCUCGAGUGUCAGAUGGUUCGGAGGCCGUCGUCACGUCCCACAGAAACAUCCACGGUGACGAGCUGGAGACAUCGAGUCUGGACCUGUAAACGUCUCCACUCCGGCUGCUGCAGAACUCUUUCUCUCUUUUAUGUGUGGUUUGUGGGGGAGGGGGAAGGAGGCAGACAAAGAUAAACCAGUUUUCUAUCAGAAUUAUGAUAAAAGUCAAAAUAACAAGAAAGUUUUUUUUACGUCAUUGUCAAAUAGUGAUAAAACAAUUGUAAUUUAAAAUUAGUUUGAAUAUGAAGAAAAAGUUUAGAAUUAAAUGAGUUCCGAUAAUAAAAGCUUAUGCUUUAACCAAGAAGUUUAUGAGCUCUUUGUCAGAUUAUUAAUACAAAAAUUAUUGAAUGAGGUUGAAAUAAGAAUCAUAUCUAAUUGUAAUUAUGUGAUGGAUUGAAUAAUAAUGAAUUCCCAGUGGACAAAAAUCACAGAUGAAAAAAAAAGUAAUCUUUAUUAUGUCUUUGAUCUGUAAAAACUUGAAUAAAUUAAUAGAAUUAUGAUUACCAUAAAUAAUCAGUGUGGCAACGUGACUGUGACUCAGGUCACGACCUGAUGACAUCAUGAACCUCCAGAGCAACAACACGCAGCUCAUAAAGCCUGGUGAUGUGUGUGUUAACUGUGUUGAUGUGUGUGACACCUUCAGGCUGGACGCAGGACGGUGUCGUGACGACGGACCGACGAGCUCCGUCUCCGGGUGGUGGAGUCAGAUCUUCCGCCGCCUGUCUCCUCGCGUCGCUCUGCGGUAAUUAGAGCCUUUUUAUUCUCUGGCCCGAGGUCACAGUGAUGAAGACGACGAGUUCGUGUGAGAUGUUUCUCAGAUGCUGCAGGAGAUGAAUCAGGAGCGUGAGGCCUCGAGCUGCGACCUGCUCACUGAGCUCAGCCUCAACGAGCAGAGCAGCCCCCCGCCCCAGACGGCUCUCUGUGGUGGUUGAGUCUAAUUAUGAUGAGUUUAGUUAAAACAGAUGUCAACGUUUACAAGACACAGGAGUGGCUGAGUUUAUCUGAGCUACAAGUUGAGCUCUGUUCACAAAUUCAUUCACAUUCAGUCGUUAAAACAUCCAGUGAUGAACAGAACUGUCACUGUGACACUGACAGAAACGUGAAAAUAUCUGGACUGCGGUCGAAUCCUCAAAUUCACUGAACACUGUGUUACCUCAGCACUGUGAUAAUGUUCAGACUCUAAAUGUUGAGGAAAGGAGCUUCAACGAUUCCUUUCCUAUCUCCUUAAGCAUAAGAUACACUGGAGUGAGAGGAAAGGAGAAAUAGACCCACAAUUCUUUGCGGCAACGAUAUAUAACUUGACGCGCCAUGAACGAACGUAAAACGAUUCAAUCUG